AUCAUCGUCAAACAUCCUCAAACAUCCUACGAAAACGUACCAACACGCGCACUUCGGCUCUAAUUCUCUUUUGCUUCGGGGAACAAGCAUGGCAGACAACCAUAGAAAACCUCACGCCAUCAUCAUCCCUUACCCUCUCCAAGGCCACGUCAACCCGUCCGUGCACCUGGCCAUCAAGCUCGCCUCGAGGGGCUUCGCCGUCACCUUCAUCAACACUCAGUCCGUCCACCACCACACCCUCAAAGCCCUCGAGCAGGAACGGGGAGGCGGCGGUGAGGGCGAGACCGACCGCUCCUACGACAUCUUCGCCAACGUGCGGAGAUCGGGGCUCGACAUACGGUACACGACAGUGUCGGACGGCUUGCCGGUGGGGUUCGACCGGUCGCUGAACCACGACCAGUUCAUGGCGUCGCUCCUGCACGUGUUCUCAGCGCACGUGGAGGAGGCCCUGGGGAGCAUCGUCGCGGAGCCCGGCGGGAGGGCCGACUGCCUGAUCGCAGACACGUUCUUCGUGUGGCCGUCGAGAGUGGCGGAGAAGUUCGGGCUGUCGUACGUGUCGUUCUGGACGGAGCCGGCGUUGGUGUUCACGUUGUAUUAUCACUUGGAUCUCCUUCGGAUCAAUGGCCACUUUGCUUGCCAGGAUUGUCGUGAGGAUCCCAUAGAUUACAUACCAGGAGUGAAGGCCCUACGGCCAAAUGACAUGACGUCGUAUCUCCAGGAGAGCGAGACGUCAUCCGUCUGUCACCAGAUCAUCUUCAACGCCUUCCGGGACGUCAAAGCGGCGGAUUUCAUCCUCUGCAACACCAUCCGCGAGCUCGAGACCAGCACCGUGUCGGCCCUGCAGGACCUGAAGCCCUUCUACUCGAUCGGGCCCGUGUUCCCGGAGGGCUUCACCAGGAGCGACGUGGCCACGAGCCUGUGGCCCGAGUCGGACUGCACCCGUUGGCUCGACACCAAGGCCAGGGACUCGGUCCUCUACGUGUCGUUCGGGAGCUAUGCUCAUGUGUCGAGGCCGGACCUAGUGGAGAUAGCCCAUGGGCUCUCGCUCAGCAAGGUCGACUUCGUGUGGGUGCUCCGGGCCGACAUCGUGAGCUCCAACGAUGUAGAUCCGCUGCCCGAUGGAUUCAAGCAACAGCUUGGCGACCGGGCAAUUAUAAUACCUUGGUGCCGUCAAAAUGCAGUGUUGAGCCACCCAGCAAUAGGUGGGUUCUUGACCCAUUGCGGGUGGAACUCAAUAUUGGAAAGCAUUUGGUCUGGUGUGCCAUUGCUGUGCUUCCCUCUGUUGACUGAUCAGUUCACUAAUAGGAAGCUAGUGGUUGACGAUUGGAGAAUCGGAUUGAAUUUGAGUGAUCGGAACAAGAUUACUCGAGAGGAGGUCGCUGACAAAAUUGCCCGGCUUAUGAGCAAAGAAUCAGGUAGCGAAUUCAAGGGCGCGGUUGAAGCACUAAAGAAGAAGCUGGAGGAAGCAUUGAUGCCCGAUGGUUCAUCGGCCAAAGAUUUCGAUCAGUUUCUUGUGGACAUGAAGCAUAGGAUUCACCAAAAGGAGCAUCUUUCCAGUGGUGCUUAAAUCGAUCAUGCAGAAGCGAGACAUCGCGAAGAAACCAGAGCAGAAACAAUAGCAGACGGCACACAAGGCAGUAGCAGCAUUAGGUAGCAGGAUAAACACAGUGUGGAGCCAAAGCCAAACAAAAAUUUUAUUGCACA